AUGGGCUACCAGAAUUUGCGGUUAUCAGUGGGCCUCCACUUGACACUAUUGGUGGGUGGCAUUAGGAUUGGAUGCCAUCACCUCAAGAGACUGGUAACACCGCGUUCACUGACAAAGCAAUAUCAACUGCAGAGUACCAUUGCCCGCGACCGCCAUGUUCGGAUCAUGGAGGUUGGACCACGAGAUGGGCUCCAGAACAUCAAUCAGUUGGUGCCCCAGGAAGUCAAGACCGAGUUGAUACAGCGUCUCGCAGAGACUGGUUUGCAGGAAAUCGAGGCAAAGUCGUUCGUUUCACCAAAAUAGGUGCCUCAGCUCGCAGAUGGACGGGCCGUUCUUCAAGA